UGUUCAUCGACAAUCCUGGAGCGACGUACAUUAGCUUGGCUCAGUAAGUGUAAUUCAUCAACAUGAUUUCACUAUUCAGUGAAUUACUGAGAAAUCAAAAGGAUCCUCGGGACCGAGUCAUCACAAUCACUUCACUUUCGCUCACCUCUAUGAGAGUCUCAAUGAACAUCACCUUCAUCGGUUUUGUGUUCGUGACGGCCAGGAGCUAUAUCGGUGACGUCAUCGAUUGCGUCACGGGAAUGGAGGAGGCAGAGCACAGAGCGAUUGAGACGUAUUGCUAUAUUACGUCACAUUUCACCGUGGUUGAUUUGGCUCCUGAGGCAUCAGCCCACCCUGGCGUAGGACCCUCUAACACACAAGACGCAACAGAGGGUCUCCAGCGUCAUGCAUACUACCAGUGGGUCCCCUUCGUGUUAAUGUUCCAAAUGGUCAUCUACUAUCUCCCCGUUUAUCUAUGGCAGAUGGUCGAUCUCGGGUUCUUCGAUGCCAUAACACUCGAUCUUGAUAAAGUUUUCCCUGAUAGAGCUGCAAAGAGGCUCAAGCUGGCGACAGAGUACUUCGUGCGGUCCCUGGGCACGCACGGACGCUACGCCCUGUCCUUCCUCCUGUGCGAGGGCCUGGCAGCCUCCCUCGCCCUCGGGAACCUCGCCUUUACGAACAGGUUCCUCGGGGGAAAGUUCUUCAGGUACGGACUCGCGGCGGCCAAGUUCGUGCUGCAGAGAGCGGCGGAAGGAGACGGUCCGCUGGACGAGGUGUUUCCAAAGGUGACCAAAUGCACCUGGCACAAAUUCGGGGCGUCCGGAUCACUACAGACCUACGACGCCCUGUGUGUGCUGCCUAUGAACAUCAUGAACGAGAAAACCUUCAUUGUGCUGUGGUUUGUGCAGAUUUCGACGGCCUGUGUGUGCGUGCUGGUCCUCUCCUCACACCUCGUGCUGGUCGCCUCGAGAAGGCCAAGGAACCCCUCCUUUGCAUCCUCCUCGAGUGCGACUUCGGCGACUGGUUCCUGCUCUUCCACCUUCGCUCUCACGUGGUCGACUUCACGACAUGGCUGAUCGAGGUCGACAAGGAAAUGAAGAGAGAAGCCAACCCCGAGCUGGAAAAAACAGAGGAAAGGGAAAGAAUAAGACUCCCUGCCUAUUGAGUUUGUGUCCUGCUGUGAGGAAAGCUUUAUAUAAACCCGAGAAGAUAUGCCCCGCUCUUCUUGAUUAUUUCACCUGCUGCACCGCCGUCGACCUCAAGCGGCCGAUAUAUGUAUAAUCGUAUAAUUGAAAAAAAAAUGUAUAUAAAGAUGCCAA